AAAACCCUAUCCACUUUAAACCUCCAAACGCUAUCACUCUCUUACCUCUCUUCCUUCAGUCGCCAACAAUGGCCUUGCCUAUCUCCGGCACGCGCCACCUCACGCGCUCCCUCUUCCCCAGCACAACCUUAGUCUCUCCUCCUAAGCUUCCUUCCACCGUUCGCUGCGGUGGAUUCAGUUCCGGUCGCGAUUCGGUUGGAUCUCGGUUACCUUCCUCGACCCGGUUUACCUCAAUCAGAUGCCUCGCUAACCGGUCAGGCUCCGCUUACUCCCCGCUCAACUCCGGCUCCAACUUCAGCGACCGACCUCCGACGGAGAUGGCGCCUCUGUUCCCGGGAUGCGAUUACGAGCACUGGCUGAUUGUUAUGGAUAAGCCUGGCGGCGAAGGCGCGACGAAGCAGGAGAUGAUUGAUUGCUACGUCCAAACCUUAGCUAAAGUCGUUGGAAGUGAGGAGGAGGCGAAGAAGAGGAUCUAUAAUGUUUCGUGUGAGAGGUAUUUAGGGUUUGGGUGUGAGAUUGAUGAAGAGACUUCUACUAAGCUUGAAGGUUUGCCUGGUGUUCUGUUUGUGCUUCCGGAUUCAUAUGUGGAUCCUGAGAACAAAGAUUAUGGAGCGGAGCUGUUUGUUAAUGGAGAGAUAGUCCAACGAUCACCAGAGAGGCAGAGGCGAGUUGAGCCACAGCCGCAGAGAGCGCAAGAUAGACCGAGAUACAAUGACAGAACUCGUUACUCUCGCCGCAGAGAAAACACACGCUGAGCCGCGACUGAAGAAGAUACGCGUACACCGUAUUGAAUCAAAUCGAAAGCGAGUACGAUAGUGGUGAUCAUGAGGAUGAUGUUGCUGCUGCCAGGCGAAGGUUCCAUGUUCCACACCGUUGCUGCUAAUGGAUCAACUUUGGAUAUUGUUGAAAUGCUUAGUUUCGGUAAUGUGUAACAUCUUUUAUAUGUAAUAAUGUAAAUUGAGGUUACUUUUACUGUUUUAGAGAAGACACUGGGAUAUUUGGGCAUCAAUAUUCGUUUUCCUUUCUAGAGCAAUUCAUGUAUCAUCUUUUCCUCAA